AUGUCCACGUCAACUUCCGCCGCCGCCGUUGCCAUAGUCACGCCGGGACAGCACACCGAGAUCACUCUCGCGCUCGUACAGCUCGGCCACUUCCACCGCCCGGCGCUCAUGCAAGCUCUGCGCACGGAGAACUGGGACGCGUGGAACGGAGACGACGCUGAGUGGUGGGCCGACUUCAUCGUGGGCCAGUACCUCUUCCACCUGGGCCACUACACCAGCACCACGCCAGAGGGCAUCAUGCCCGGCCUGGACGGCACCACACACCAGCUGAUCGAGCUCGCCAAGGAGAGCCCAGCCCUCUUCAACUCCAUCACUGGUGCCGAGGAAGACAGGCGCGCCGUCGUCAACUCGUACCUCAGAGCCCUCGGUGCCCGUGUCGACCUGCACGAUAGGAUCGUACUCGCUGCACCUGAGACGGAAGAGAACAGCAGGAAGCGCAAGGUCAACCAUUUCAUCGACGAAAUCACGGCGGCUCCAAAGGUGAAGAAGGACAAGGUUGCAGCGGCCAAGAAGGCGUCUAGCGCCCCGGUCGCCUCGAACUCUUCAACUGCGGCCGGAGGCGAUAACAGCACCGCCGCCGUCGCCGCCGCCCCCGCCUCCGAAACCACCACCGACACUACGACGCCAACCAAGCCGAAGAAGAAGAAGGCGACUACCCCGGCCGAGAAGAAGGAGAAGGCGCCGCCCAAGCCAAAGGCACCACCCAAGCCAAAGGCCCCUCCCAAGCCCAAGGCCCCUCCGAAGCCCAAGGCGCCACCCAAGCCCAAGGCCGCGCCAAAGACCAAGGUGCCCGGCAAGCCAAAGCCCAAGACACCCAAGGCCAAGGCUGUAAAGGUCAAGAAGGAGGCAGCCGCUCCCUCCAAUACCACUGCCGCCGGCAACCUGUCAUCGUCAACCGAGGGCGCCUCCACCGACCCGGGCCUUCCUGCCGGCAACAGCGCCACCGCCGCGGUUGUCCCCCCGGCCUCUUCCCCGGCCGAUCACCCCCCGAGCUCUGAGGACACGGUCGCCAGCGACGAGAGUCUCCCCAGCACGCUCGCCGAGUUCGAGGCCGAGAACCAGCCAGCUGUGCCGGCGCCGGCCGCACCAGUCACGACCGACGCCGCGCUCGGCGCUGUGGCCGUCGUCAAGGAGGAGGAAGUCGAGGUCAAGGAGAAGCCAGUCGAGGUUAAGGAGGAGCCAGUUGAGGUCAAGGUGGAGCCAGCUGAGGUGGCAGUUCCCGUCGCUGCCGUUGUCGAAGCUGCCCCAGUUGAGCCUGCUGUCGCGGGCUCCGUUGCUUCUGGUGGAGCGACCUUGCCUGACUGCAGUGUGGUGUGA